AUGAGAUCGUUUAUGUACAUGUGCCGUCAGGUUCAGGGUGCGCGCUUCAUUCAAAUCACUCGCUCACGAUGCGGGCGCACGAUUCCAUACAAAUUGGCUGAUAUUGGUGAAGGCAUCAAAGAGGUUGAAGUUGUGACUCUCUACGUGAAACCCGGUGACAGGAUUGGGGAAUUUGAGAAAAUAUGUGAGGUGCAAAGUGACAAGGCAACAGUGGAGAUUACCUCCAGGUAUGCUGGUGUGAUUACUACCGUCCACAUCGAAGCUGGAGAAAAGGCACACGUUGGUGAGCCCAUUGUUGAUAUUGAGGUUAAUGAUACGGAUGAAACUCAAAAGCCUUCGUGUGGUACUGUUGAUUGCAAUGUAAGUGACCAAUUUAACAAUGGAGGAGUGCCUGUGGCGGAAGAAGGCGAUUCGUGUGCAGCUGAUUGUACUACAGAAAUUUCCAAGGAUUUUACAAAAGUUUUGGCCACACCGGCGGUGAGGGAAUUCGCUCGCAGCCGCGGAGUGAAUAUUACAGAUGUGAAGGGCACAGGUAAAGAUGGACGUGUGCUUCGGGAGGAUGUUCUUUCAUAUGCUGGAAAGUCUUGCUAUAAUGACGAUGUUGUGGUGAGACUUGAUACCGGUCUUAGGAAGGCCAUGGUUUCAAGCAUGACGAAGGCGGGAAGUGUUCCCAGUUUUACGGCUUGUGAUGAGGUAGAGGUGUCGCAGCUUUUAAACUUUCAGCAUAUUCUACGCGAUGCAUUGAAUUCAUCAAGUGAAGGUGUACGUGAUGGGAGCAAGGUGUCGCUCAUGCCUCUUUUCAUCAAAGCUGCCUCACAGUCGCUAUUGCAAUACCCAGAAUUAAAUGCACAUGUUUCUUCAGAGUGCGAUAAACUUUUUGUGAAGAAGGCGCAUCAUAUUGGUUUUGCGAUGGACACACCGAAAGGUCUCGUUGUCCCCGUUGUGCGAGAUGUUCAGCAGAAAAGUGUGGCUGAACUUGUGCACGAAGUGAAUGAGUUAGUGACAUUGGGCCGUAAGAGUCAAAUACCUCCCGACCGCAUGAAGGACGGCACUUUUACGUUGAGCAACAUCGGCCCCAUUGGAGCAAUAUAUGCCACGCCGAUGCUUAAUCCACCUCAAGUUGCAAUUGGUGCCAUUGGACGAAUACAACAGUUACCCCGCUUUGACGCGAGUGGAAAUGUUGUAAGGGCAAAUAUCCUCGCAAUGUCAUGGACAGCUGACCACCGUGUUAUUGACGGGGCGACACUCGUGCGAUUCAGUAAUGCAUUUAAGCGUUGCCUCGAGUCUCCCGGUUUGUUGAUUGCGGGCGAGGUGGCGUGA